AUGACACUUCCGACUGCUUCCGAAAAAUCUCGAAUUCCAGAAGCUUCUUGUACAUCUUCAAAUGAGCAAAUAAAUCCAUUUUAUUCAACAUUUUUUUCUAACCUCACAUCUCAACAACAACAACAAUUAUUUCUUACUCAACUUUUACUUUCUGGAGUUACUGGUCCUCCAUUAAAUCCACUUACAAAUGCAUUACAAUUUCUUCUUCAUAACAGUGCACUUUUUCUACAACAACAACAACAACAAAAUUUUCCAUCGAGUCCAAUCCCACCAUUCAUUGAUAAUAAUAAACCAAAAGAAUCAAUUUCAUCUAUAAGUGCAAAACAUAAAAAUGAUUUAAAUACAUUAAUACCUAUUGAUUGCAGUUUAUCGGAUACAAAUGAAAAAUCAACAUUAGACGAUGAUGAUAAUUCACCAACAAUUGCAACAACACUUGCUACAUUACCUAUUAAUAAUAACGAAGCAUCAACAACGAUUGAUGGUAUUAAUUUAGAAGAAAUUAAACAAUUUGCAAAAGCUUUCAAAUUACGUCGAUUAGCAUUAGGCCUAACUCAAACUCAAGUUGGUCAAGCAUUAAGUGUUACACGUGGACCAGCUUAUAGUCAAUCAGCAAUAUGUCGUUUUGAAAAACUUGAUAUCACACCAAAAAGUGCUUCAAAAAUAAAACCUGUACUUGAAAAAUGGAUGCGAGAAGCUGAAUUAAAAUAUGGCGAUAGACUAAAAAAUGGUCCAACAAAUUUACAAGAUCUUGUUACUGAUCUUAAUACAAAAAAACGUAAAAGACGAACAUCAUUUACACCUCAAGCACUUGAAAAAUUAAAUGAUGCAUUUGAAUUAAAUACACAUCCAUCUGGUACAGAUAUGUCAACACUUGCUCAAGAAUUAAAUUAUGAUCGAGAAGUAAUUCGUGUUUGGUUUUGUAAUAAACGUCAAGCAUUGAAAAAUUCAGCAAAAAAAUUUAAAUCUAAUCAGAUAAAUGAAGAUAAUGAAUCAACGUCUAGUUCAUUAGCGGAUAAUAAAUUCAGUGAUACAACAAAUUAUUCAAAACUUCAACAAGAUGAAAUUUUAUCAUAA